AUGACUAAACUGUUUUGUUUAUUGUUAUCUUCUCUUGUUAUAAGUUCAUGUUGGGCCGAAGAAGCCAUUACAGAAGAUGAAGGAGUUCUGGUGUUGACUGAUGUGAGUUUUAUCAUUUUUUACAAUUUUCACGUUUAGUAUGACCAGAAACGUAACUUUAUUGGUACUAUAAGGUCACAUUAACUAUAUACGUAAACUAAAGUCUAUAUUAUUUUAGGCCAACUUUGAAGAAGCCAUCAAGAAACACGACAACAUCUUGGUCGAGUUCUAUGCUCCAUGGUGUGGCCAUUGCCAAAAACUAGCUCCAGAAUACGCCAAAGCAGCUCAACGGUUGGCCAAAGAAGAUUCUCCUAUCAAAUUGGCUAAGGUCGAUGCUACAGAAAACCAGGCUCUUCACGAUAAGUUCAUCACCCGAGGCUAUCCUACUCUGAAGUUCUUCCAAAAGGGCGAAGCUACUGAUUUCAACGGUAGAAGAGACAGAAAUGGCAUCGUGGAGUGGUUGAAGACGAAGACCGGUCUCACGUUGAGAACGUUGGAAUCAGUGGAAGAAAUCGAAGAAUUCAGAAGCCGAAGCAAUGUUGUCAUUGUUGGAUACUACAAGGAAGAGAAGGACACUGAACAGUUCCGUAAAUUGGCUACGUCAAUCCAAGACAUUCCAGUCGGUCUAGUUUCUGAUGCCAAGAUCGCUGAGAAGGCCUUGAAGCUGAAGAAGAACGGUGUAGUUCUGUUCAAGGCUUCUGACGGUGAAUCCCUAAAGUUUGAAGAUAAGCUUGCCGAUGCCUAUGUGUGGAUCGAGAAAAACAAGACUCCAUUAAUAAAUGAGUUCAGCCAAUCCGAAGCCAACCUCAUUUUCGGCGGAGAUCAAAAGGAAUUCAUCGUGCUGUUCUACAAACAAUCAGAAGAGACCGAGCAGAUCAAGAAGGACUUCAGAAAGGCUGCCAAGCAAUUCAAGGGUACCAUAUUGUUCGUCCAGGUUGACGUUAUGGUAGAGACCAAUGACAGGAUCUGCGACUUCUUUGGCGUCGACCCAGAAGACAUUCCCACGAUCAGAGCCAUGUCACGGAAGGACGGCCUCAAGAAGUUCGCUCCAGCCAAGAACAAGUUGAGCAGCUCUGCCAUUGCUAAGUUCGCUGAAGACUUCAAGGCUGAUAAGCUCAGUACCUACUUGAAGUCUCAGGAGAUCCCAGAAGACUGGAACAAAGGCUUGAUCACCGUGAUCGUAGGCAAGAACUUCGACGAAGUGGCCAGAGAUCCAAAGAAGCACGUUCUGGUCGAAUUCCACGCUCCAUGGUGUGCCCACUGUCAGAACCUGAUCCCAGCUUGGGACAAGUUGGGAGAGCUCUACAAGGACAAUGAGAAUGUUGUCAUUGCCAAGAUGGACGCUACGUUGAAUGAGGUUGAAGGUAUCACCAUCAGAGCUCUGCCAACCAUCAGUUUGUUCCCAAAGGAUGGCAAAGACAAUGUUGACUUUACCGGUGAAUUGGAGCUGAAAGAGAUUGUAGACUUCUUGGUUAAGGAGACUGGAGAACAACCUAAUGGCGAAGUUCCUGAACCAAAGAAGGAAGGGGAAGUCAAGGAAGAAGAAGUUGAAGACAAAGAAGAGGAAAAGGCUUCUGAAUCUUCUGAAGAACACGAUGAACUUUAG